AUGAGCGGAGUUUACGUGAGAACGGGACCAGCCAAGUCCAGAGAAAGUGAGUUCUGCUGCACCGAGGGACUGCCCAAGGCCUUUCUCCACAGCUUGAGAACCCUCUUUGACAUCCUGGACGACAGCGGGAGAGGCUACGUGCACAUAUCCGAGAUAGAGAGCCGAUGGCAGGGGGCGGACACCCAGGACCUGCCGGCGGGGGUCCUGCGCUGCCUCCGCCGGGUGGCCCCCCCUCACGGCUGCCUCUCCUUCGAGCGCUUCGUGUCCGGGCUGCGCUGCUCCAUGCUCAACCCGGAGUAUAGAGCGCACCACGUCAAGGUCCAGGCCACGGUCCGUCCGCAGCCACAGCACAAAGCCGAGGGCAAGGUGCGUCCUCUGGGCAUGAGUAACUUGGUAAACACCCAGACCAGGACCCAGACCAGGACCGGGGAGACCUGUGGACCACCUCCCCGGUAUGGAGCGGAGAAGAGGCCCGGGAGGAGCGUGGAGCGCGCCCCGGAGCCCAACGGAGACUGUGGAGGAGGCUACCGGGUGGACCAGAACCAUGUGCCCAGGGGAGGUGCAGCGCAGCCCGGAGGGGUCAGGUUCAUAGAGGGUCUGGAUCUGGAGUCCCCGCGGCUUCUGCGACCCACAGGUGGAGUUGGUAAAUCCGGUUUACCGAGAUCCCAGAGUGAGUCUGCCACGGGCCUCACAGGGACCAGGCGCCACGGGAGGAGCCGGGACGCACAGCGGCGCCACACCAUCUCCAACGGCGUGGACUACGGCAUGGUCAGUCACAUCCUCACAUGCCCCUCCCACUCCAGCAUCUCACUCCCCAUUGGUCGGUGGUUAGCCCCUCUCACGGCCUCCCCCAGUCCCCCCCCUUCAUGGGCCCCUCCCACCCCAGUCCCAGCUCAUGUUUUCAGUCCCUCUCAGACCCCUGCACUUCGGCGCUCCUCUCUCUUUGGCUUUGCUCUGGUUUGUUAUUACUUCUGCUUCGGUGUUUGCGGCUGGAGGGACCUCUUCCUCCCCCAUUCCUCCCUCCCCCCUUCCCUCAGCGUGUAG